GAGUCCUCAUCGCCAACCGUUAUUCUACCGAAAUGACUGAAGUAAAAGCUGAAGUGCCAGAUGCUAUGGCAGUCGACGUUCCUCAGGCAGAGCAAGCCGCGGUCAAGACGGAAGAUCAUUCGUCUACGGCUACUGUGCCGGCCGAGGCCAAGUCUAACGGCGAAGCGAGCUCAAGUAAACCUGCGACAGAGGAGGAUGCUGAAAAAGCCAAAUUAAAAGCUGUUAGGCAAGUGGAAUUCUACUUCGCCGAUUCGAACCUCCCGUACGAUAGGUUCAUGUGGCAGCUGCACACGGCCGACCCAGAACACUGGGUUGAGGUCUCUAUAGUCGCCUCCUUCAAGCGCAUGCGGCAGUACAGCGCGAACGGUGUCGAAUGGGUAGCGCAAGCCAUCAAGGAGAAGAGCACCGCUCUGGAGGUUGACGAGAGUAUGAAGAAGGUGCGGCGGAAGACGGAGGUGAAGGAGCCGAAAGGGCAGAUGGAGCGGACUAUCUACGCUAAAGGUUUCGGAGAGGAGACGCCGGAGCUGCAGCUGCAGCUUGAAGAGUUCUUCGAUCAGUGGGGACGAACGAACGCCGUGCGCAUGCGGCGGACGGAAGAUAAGAAGUUCAAAGGAUCAGUUUUUGUAGAAUUCGCUGAUGCUUCGACCGUCGAUACGUUCCUGAACGCCGACCCCAAGCCGUCAUGGAACGGCGAGCCUCUUCUCAUCAUGACCAAAAAAGCGUACUGCGAGAUGAAAAUCAAGGAAAAGGGCCUGACUGGCAAGAAAGCCGAAGCGCGCGCGGACGACCGCGGGCGCAAGGGCUUCAACGCGUUCCGCGAGAUGAAGGCCGCCAAGGGCGAACAAAACAAGGAGAAGGAGAAGAAGAAAAACGAAGUGUUCCUGGAGUUCAUGGGGAGCAAACUGCGCGUGUACGAGGAGGACGGCGGGCACGUGAAGGAGGAGGAUGUGCCGCACGUCAAGGGCGCGACGUUGAAAUUCUCGGGGGCUGGCGAGGUGUCGUUCGAGGAGAUCAAGAAACCACUACGCGAGCGUUUCGCGAGAGUCCCGUUCGUGAAAUACGAGAAGGGCAAUGACUGGGGCCUCAUAAGCUUUGACAAGGCUUUAACAGAGGAAGAGAUCCAAUACGUAAAAGAUAACCUAAAAACUAUCGGCGGCCAAGAAGUCACCUGGACUCUAGCAGAAGACGAAGAAGAAAAAGCGUUCCAGCUGGAACGCGCUCAGACCGCUGCCAAGCGCGUGCUCCAAUUCUCCCAGUCCAAGGGCUCGUCACGAGGCGGCCGGGGCGGCCGGGGCGGGAGAGGCGGGCGCGGCGGGCGUGGAGGUCGCGGUGGCCGUGGUGGUAACCGUGACGGUGGUGGGAGGCAGAAUGCUGGUACCACUGAAGCGAAGUCGAACGGGAGCGGCGAGGAGCAAUCGGGGGAGAAGCGGAAGCGCGCAGUGGAGCCGGAUGGAGGACCCGAUGUUGGUGUCAGGGGCGCAGCGGUGCCUACGAUCCAGAGCGCGAAGAAGGUUAAGACGGAGGGGGACUCGUAGGUGUUGUAAACGCAGAAGUCAAAAAAUGGGUGAUGACGGGAUACUCGUCCACCUGGAAUGUAGUACUUCUUCCGUCGCUUCUCGAGUAUCGGUAGCGUUCUAGAUGUCUACGUCGGGAUUUGUGCAUUGUAUUUGCUCCACGUCAGUCUGUAUCUUAUGAGAUAUGUCCUGAGCCACGUAUCAUGUCUACUAUGAAGUCUUUGCUACGGCAGUGCUGAGGGGAAUCAAUCCCAUCGCUAUUGCCCAAUCGUCUCUUCUGUACUCAUCUAUCAGUUCCCUGACCAGAUGUACCCGGCGGACAUAUGCUUUAGGUCUGCCCUCCUGAUAUACGGAUCUUCCGUACAUAUACAGUCUGCGUCAGCGAAUUGCAUAGCCCCAGAAACGCGACUGAGACCAAAAGCAAGCACGCGAGGAGCAGCUUGCCCAGUGUAG